AAUGUAUACAUAACACAGGGACAAUGUUUUUUUAGAAAUGAAAUCUUUUACAUUUUAACUAUUAUAAAACAACAUAAGAACUAAUUUCCAAAGAAUUACAUUGCUCUGAAAGUGAUAUUCUAGUUUCACCUCCAUAGUAGCCCAACAUAUUCAAGUUUUAUAAGACCGGUUUGGGUUCACAGCACACAUAAACACUGAAAGGAGGAGGAAGAGGGAUCCAACCAACCCUACCACUGGCUAUUGUCUUGAGACACAGCGGGGAAGCUCAGACAAAUCUCUCUUAGUUGCAGGUGGUCAGGCGUAAGCAAAGAGUUAAGUCCCGGGGUCUCUCUGCCCCUCCCCUUUGAUGUUCUGACAUCAUCUAGCCCCGCCCCCUGAAAGAUCUCUCUCUCUCUCUCUCUCUCUCUCUCGGUCAGAUUUUCUUCUCCACAAACAACAAGUGUCUGUUCCCUCAGUUCAGUCUCUGUUCUGUUCUACUGUGGAGAGGAGAGGAGUUCACAGGAGUUGCAUGUCCAAGCCUCACAACUAGCUUAAGGACCAAGGGGUUUGGACCAACCCUAUGAGCAAAAAGACGCUGAAAAGACAUAUCUUUGGUUGAAAAGACGUUGAGAAUACAUAUUCUCAACCAUUUUUUGCACACUGGGAAGCUACCCUGGGACUAGUCUCUUGUGACAGUCUGAAAUCGAAUAUCUGAUUUGCUUCUUGUAGGUGCCAACAUUACCCAGACACAGGACAAGAAGACAUGCUGUGACGAGGAAGAGGCUCUUUAUAUUUUGGAUUAGCAGCAGUAGCUGGGAGCAGCAGCAGUGGAUGCUGAGGGCGAGGCCACUGAGGCCACAGUGUUUAGAAACAGAAUUGUAAUGGCUGUUCAAACUGCAAUCAUGAACUCUCCGUUCGUAAACUUCUGUUUCCCUGGGUCGGUCAUGAUGGAGUAUGACAUGGGUCAGAGCCUGGACGGGAGUCCACUGGAGGAGAGUGAGGAGAGAGGAGAAUACAGGGAAACUACCAGGAAUCUGCUCAGCUUCAUAGACUCGGCCUCCAGCAACAUCAAACUGGCUUUGGACAAGCCAGUCAAGUCCAAAAGGAAAGUCAACCACCGCAAGUACCUGCAGAAGCAGAUCAAGAGAUGUACAGGCUUCAUCAGUCCAACAGGGAACCCAGCAGCAGCUCCAGGGGCCAACAAGAGAAAAGGCUCUGGCUUUCCCACCCAGACCCAGACCCAGAUCCAGCCUCAGACCCAGCUUCAGACCCAGCCCAGCCCAUUCCAGCAAGGCAAACCCGUCCACAAGCGAGACGGGCUACAGGCCAACCUCCAGACCAAGAGCCUGGCUGCCCUCUUUAACUCUGUCAAGGAGCCUGUCAAGGGGGAGAGAGCCAAGAAGCCUCCCCUGAGGCACCGUAACCUUCCCCCAUCCUUUUUCACUGAGCCGGCCAACACGACCACCACCUCUCGAGUCACGUCCACCUCGGGCAUGUUCCUGGGUGAUCUGGAACGGGGAGGGGGGAACCCGGACUUCUUUGACCUGCUGGGGCCGGACUACAGUAACAUGCUCAGUGAUCAGGACGUGUUUCAGACUCGCGGCCUGCCCAGUAGGAUCAUCGACCAGGACAUGUUUCAGACUCGGGGCCUGCCCAGUAGGAUCCUCCAGCACCAGCAGACUCAGGACAUAACAGACCAGGUAUCGCCCUACGACCCUCACCAUCUAGUGGGAGGAUUCUUGUAUACAGAGCCUUGGAGUACCUCUUCUCCUUCUAAGAAGGCAGGGGAGGGCGUACGGACGGGCCCAGCAACACAGACACCCCUGUACUGCCAAUCAGGAGAGGGCGUACGGACGGGCCCAGGAACACAGACACCCCUGUACUGUCACUCUGUGUCUGACUCCUCUGCGACAGGGUCUACAGAGGAUAGUAACUCACUGUGCACUCUGGCCUUUCCCAACUUCUUCCCAGACUGCUCUGUGUCUCAGGUCUCAUAUGGUCUGAGUUGUGGUGGCUACAACACAAAGGGUUUCUCUUCUCUCUGAUAAGACAUCGCUUCCCUGUCUGAGACUACAAGUUGAGUAGUUCUGGUCCAAAAUGUUAGUGUGACUUGCUAUUGACCAGAGCUACAGAUUGAGAUACUGUCUAAUCUAAUCAUAUUUGUAACGUACACCUUUUCCAGCAGGUAUAAAAAGUGCAGUGAAAUACUUGUGUGUUAGAGCUCCCUUGACAACGCAGAACAUUUCAUCAAUAAUCAUGUAAUAACAAGUAGUAGAAGUAAUAGACCAGGUAGUAUGCAUAUUGAUCAUGUAGGUAUUUACAAAUAUAAAGUGGGUAGUGGAAUUAAUAGUAUAUAAUAAAACAGUAGCAUUGACUGUGUGUGUGUGUGUGUGUGUGUGUGUGUGUGUGUGUGUGUGUGUGUGUGUAUAUAUGUGUGUGUGUGUGUGGACAUAGAGCCACCAGAAGUCCCCACAGAAUAGUAAACAAACAAAAGGUUGACCAACUCGGGACAUUUUGCUGGUCCCCACAAGGAAAAAUUAUAUUAUUAAGGAUGGAAUUAGGUUA